UAAUCAAUCGCAUAUUUCUCUGAAUAUAGCGUCUACAUCUUACCAUACUACCCAUUGUGCUUUCAGUCUUAGAAGGAUAGAAGGGAAAAUAGGCUAGAAUGGAAUCAUUAUAGAAUUUGUAGAGUUUCCACCAAUCUCACGACCUCCCUUCCACUAACCACCCAACUCGAACUCUCCUCAACCCUCCGGUUCCAACCCCAAACCCACCUCCCGAUGUCGACAGCACGCACCCUCACGCCAACCCGCCGGCUCCUCUCCACACCGCGGACGCUCCAACUCCAACUUCAACUUCCCAGGCGCACCUUCAUAACCCUCCCGGCGCCUCCACCACAGACUCUCACCGCAUCCCGGCGCCUGCCCUACCUGCACACGCAGCUCUACGACCUGAUCGCCGACGUCGACUCCUACGUCACCUUCCUACCGUACUGCCAGACCUCGCGCGUGACUCACUGGACCACCCCCUCCUCCUCCUCCCCUUCUCCCUCGCAAGAUCCCCAAGAUCCUCAGGGCCCCUCUUCCCGGCGCUGGCCCACGCGCGCCGACCUAACCGCCGGCUGGGGCGGCUUCCAGGAGACGUACACGAGCCGACUAUUCUGCGUCCCGGCGCUCGGGAUCGUAGAAGCCAUCAGCGGGGACGCGCGGACCCUGAUCCCGGCCUCGGAGCUACGGAAAUACGGGCUCGUCGACCCCGGCCCUUCCCCUUCCCCUUCCCCAACCUCAAGCCCGGGAUCAGGGGAGGACGACGACGGCGGCGUGUUCAAGAGCCUGGUGACGCGGUGGACGGUGACGCCGGCCUCAUCGGGACGAGGCGGGGUAGGCGAAGAGUCCGCCGCCGGGUGGAGCGACGUGCGGCUCAGCAUCCGGUACCAGUUCGCGAACCCGCUGUACAUGGCCGUCAGCGCCGCCGUCGCCGACAAGGUGGCGCCCGUCAUGGUGGAGGCCUUCGUCGAGCGCGCGAGGCGGAUCUUGGGGGACCCGGGGAAAGGGGAGAAGAAGAAGAGCGCGGAAGCCUUGCGGUGACUGAUCGACAAAGGCGAAUCGCUGAUGUCUGUACGAUGUAAUGAUGUAAUAUGAGUUGACGGGCCAUCCCACGAGCGGGCGAGAGUUGCUCUGCUGCUGGGUGAAAUCCGGCAGAGACCUACCUACGAGCACUGGCUAGUCAUAACCUAGGCUUGACUAUAUCCAAUGUGUUGUAUAUAUGUUUUAAAAGAGAAAGGAAAAAAGACAUGGAGACCCUAGACCAAAAUCCAUCUCACCAUCAAUAAAAAGACCAU